UCCAUUGGAUCAUGAAGAGUACAAUGGGUUUCCACCCUUUUCUCUUAUCUUGUAUUCGUUUCUUAGUAAAUCAGUAAGGCAUAGUAAUCUCCAUGGUGAUCAGCGAUCUGGUGUUAGUCGCUCUGGUGGUGACGUAGAUGCACAGUGGUGAUGACGUGUUGUGUUUAUGUCCUGCAGCCGCUGAGGUGACGGUGUUGUCGCGGUCAUGGCUAUGUUCCGAAGCCUUGUGUCCUCAUCUCAGCACCGGCAGCACCACCAUCACCAGGCACAAACAGCGCCCUCAGCUACGGACAGCCUGGAAACUCAGUACGGUUGCCCCAUAUGCCUGGAAGUUUAUUAUAAGCCCGUGGCUAUUGGGAGCUGUGGACACACGUUUUGUGGAGAGUGCUUGCAGCCCUGCCUCCAAGUAACAUCCCCACUGUGUCCUCUUUGUCGUAUGCCAUUUGACCCUAAGAAAGUGGACAAAGCCUCCAAUGUAGAUAAACAGCUGUCUUCAUAUAAGGCUCCCUGUAGAGGUUGUAGUAAGAAGAUAACACUUGCAAAGAUGAGAUCUCACAUUUCCUCAUGUGCCAAGGUUCAAGAACAGAUGGCAAAUUGUCCAAAGUUUGUUCCCGUUGUUCCAACAUCUCAACCUAUUCCCAGCAAUAUCCCAAACCGUUCCACCUUUAUUUGCCCAUAUUGUGGUGCCCGCAACUUGGACCAGCAGGAACUAGUGAAACACUGCAUGGAGAAUCAUAGAAGUGAUCUUAACAAAGUGGUGUGUCCUAUUUGUUCAGCAAUGCCAUGGGGGGACCCCAGCUACAAGAGUGCCAAUUUUCUGCAGCAUUUGCUUCAUCGGCAUAAAUUCUCCUAUGACACAUUUGUGGACUACAGCAUUGAUGAAGAAGCGGCACUACAAGCAGCUCUUGCACUAUCGCUGUCUGAAAACUGAAGAUCCCACUGUAACUGCACCAAAUCCCCCUUCUUGGUGCUGCUACCCACGACCGAGGCUUGUACAUUCCUUCCAGAUUUAGCAGAUCACAUUUCCUUUUCCCCAUGUCUUUUUUUUAUUGUUUUAAACCAGAUGAAUCUUUUUUUUUUAAUUAAAAGGAGCUGUUAGAAUUGGAUGGGGGAUCAUUAAUUACCAAAGGGUAGUUUUUAUGUUGGGGUAUGUGUGAGUGUUCAUAUGAGCGUAAGCUGUCACAUCUUCAAAAAUGUGAAGAGGAAGUUACAAGAGACACAAACUUUUUGCACAUAGCAGAAGAAAAUGAAAGUCUUAUGUUGUAGAAAAAAAAACUUUAAAAACGUACAAUAAUU